GUAGGAACAGAUAAGAUAGGACGAGUAGAAUCUUUUAGUGCAUUAACAAUAGCCAAAUUAACCGUUGAUCAAAUUAACUAUAUAAUAUCUCAAAUUCCUGAUAAACCCCCAACAGAAUCAAUC